AUGAUCCUACUUUCGGUUAGUUCAUCUUCAUCAUCACCGAUCGCCGCCGUCUUCUCCGUCGCGCUUCUUCUGUUCUACUUCUCUGAAUCUACUCUUGGAGCGCCUUGUCCGAUCAAUGGGUUUCCAAUCGUGAGGAAUAUUAGUGACCUUCCUCAGGAUAACUAUGGAAGGCCAGGCCUUUCUCACAUGACUGUUGCUGGCUCAGUUUUGCACGGAAUGAAAGAGGUUGAGAUAUGGCUUCAAACAUUUGCUCCAGGUUCAGGGACACCGAUUCACAGGCACUCUUGUGAAGAGGUUUUCGUUGUUCUAAAGGGAAGUGGUACUCUGUAUCUCGCUGAAACACAUGGAAGUUUUCCUGGGAAACCUAUUGAUUUUCCAAUCUUUGCCAACAGUACUAUUCAUAUUCCCAUCAAUGAUGCUCAUCAGGUCAAGAACACUGGUCAAGAGGACCUGCAGGUGUUGGUUAUUAUAUCUCGGCCGCCAAUUAAAGUCUUCACCUACGAUGACUGGUUUAUGCCACACACUGCGGCGAGGCUGAAGUUCCCUUACUACUGGGAUGAGCAAUGCCUCCAAGAAUCUCAAAAGGACGAGCUUUAAUAAAAAAGCUGUGAAGGAAAGAAGAACAUACUGCACAUAGUUUACGUUCGAGUGUUUGUACGAUUGUCAUCGGCAACAAUUCCUGGAAAAAUCUCAAUUGUAUCUCCCUGAUCAACACGGUUCCAACGGAAUGACUGCUUCUCGUUCAACAUUCUCGUUUUGUGUAUAAAGAAGUAGCCUUCUUCAGGCAAAAGCAACUGAG